GGAGAGAUUUGGCAGGAGUAUAUUCAGUUAUUUAUCUGCUACGUUUCGUUGCAGAGUUUUCUCAAUUGUAUUUAUGCAAUGUUAUGGGCUUCACUGAAGGAUCCUGCCAAAUUGCCCUAGACAAGACAUACUCAACAGAGACCAACGCCUGCUGCUCACACCAAAGGAAAUUGCUCUAACCCCCUCUACCAGAGACCAGAACCAAGAAAACAUUGGUCAAUCAAUGAGUACAGAAGAAAAGAUAAGGAAAGAAUGGCAAAUGAUAACUAAUCAGAUGAGCUCAAAAUGCUUUCCAGAUGAGGACAUAGACAAAACUCUGCUGCAAUUCUCGGGUCCUAGGUCCUUGGAGAAGCUGAACCAACACUACAAAAAGAGAGAGAUGGAACUGAAUGAAAAUGCUGCAGUGUGGAUAAAAGACCUUGCCGAAAAUCUUGUAGGCUUGCUUCCGAUACCUGAUGCUGCAGGCUUGGGGUCCCUGGUUAUCUCUAUAGUAAUAGACAGAUCUGUAGCUGCCAUAAAGCCUCCAGAGGAUAGCACAGAUGAUCUGCUGCAUCGUAUCUUUGCCAAGGAGAAGGCCUCCGCUGUGAGAGACCAAAUGGAUGAGUACCUCAAGAGGCACCUCAUGAACAUACGCAACAAGGCCGAACUUAAGAGUGACAUCAAGCACGUGGAGCGUAACCUGAGCUUUGCCCUGACUCAGUUGAAGAACUCCAUGCUGCUGGACGGACAGAUGAGCUCGCGGGCUCUGAGGAUAUGGGUCAACGGAGCGGCCUUCCAUGUCCAGAUGCUGAUUCACCUGGCCAGACUAGAUGGAGCCAGAGACAGUGGCCCAGUGCGAUCGGUCAUCACCACCUACCAGAGCAACCUAGAAAAGCUGCUAUCUGGAUACAAGGAAUACAAAAAAAAAACUUUUCAGGUCUACGCGGCGAGAAAUAAGAAUAUUUUGAUGUAUUUGACGAUGAGACAAAAAGUUGUGUUACAUUAAGUGGUAUGUGUUGUUUAUCAGAAGUAAAAGAGGCCUACUUGAGUUGCAUGCUUCCCAACCAUAAACAGAUCAGAAAGAUGCGACAGCACUUUAGUGAUGUGAAAGAAAAUGCAGAGAACCUGAUUAGUCAAACAGCAUCCUUCACAGUGCCACAGUGAUUCCUUUCAGUAAAGUUCUGGUUUUGCUAGAGCUCUGAGAUUACUAAAUUACAUCCAGAAUACAGUGGUUUUGAGAUAUUACCCUAUGGUGUGUGUUGAGGUUGGUUAUAACCCUGUAGAUCCAUUUUGA